AUGGCAACCAAGGAAUCCACCCUAGACAAAAAGGCAGUGCUCAAAGAAUUUGAGGGAUGGCUUCGGAAGAAGUAUAAGGAUAUAAAAAUAGUUCAUCUCUACAUCGGGAAACAAAUAAAUGGUUUGAAGGACACUUUGGUUGUUGUUAUCGAUAACGUUGAUGUCAUUGAAGAAAAAACUUUUGAUUAUUGUGGUAAAAUGUUCGACCUUUGUUUCAAACUCUGGAUGAGGCCUUCCUCCGAAUGCAUGCGUAUUUGUAAGUUUGAAAAUGAGCAUUGGCAUAAAAUCAAAGACGUUAAAUUAGCAGAAAUCGAACAAAGUUUGAAAAUGUGUUCGACCUCACUUUUUGACGAGCACUCAAACUUAGAAAUAGUAAGUGCCUCCGCAUAUCGAUCAAAGAAAAAUGGAGAAAAUAUUAUUUUUGAACCUUGCAUUGUUCUCUAUUGUUCCUGCAAAGGAGUUGUACCAUACAAGGAAAAAGAGUUUCCAAAACAGAUAAUGGGAAGAAAUACUGACGUUAGGGAAGGAUUUUUCUACCUGUUUCCAAACGACCGCUAUUUUAAAAGAGCAUCUGACGUGCUCGAUCCAUUGAUGAUUGGGGCAAGCAUAGGAAGAAAAGAUGAAAACAAAGAAGGAACUCUAGGUGGUUUUGUCACAUUAAACAACGGGGAAGUAGGCAUCAUAACCUGUGGCCAUGUGCUUUAUGAUUUUUCUACCAAUGUUUCCCCACAGACUACAGCUGUCGAAGUAGUCCAACCAUCAUAUGGCUAUAGGAAUACCAAUAAUGUUUGUGGUGUGCAUAUUAAAUCUAUUUUGGAAAUACAUCAAGGAGUAACAGUGGAUGCAUCACUGGCAAAACUGACAGAUCGUGUUCCCCAGCGUGGACUUUUUGCAGAAUUGAUGACAAAUGAUUUACUGGGAGUUGGAUUCAGCUUGGAAAAUCUUCCAGAAUAUGCAUCUGGAUCUACGCGUGAUUAUCGAAAAGAAAAUACUAAACGUACCAACCUUUGCAUAAAAUUUGGUGCAAGAAGCGGGCUCACAAAAGGUUUCUUGUGUGUGAAUGGCAUGACUGCAAGAUGUCGCGAUGAACAAAUGUAUCUAACAAAUCCAGCAUCAGGAAGUACCUGUUUAUAUCGUUCACAACUAGAAUUUGGAGGAAUUGCGACAAAACCCUUUGCUGUGGAGGGAGACUCUGGAGCUCUUGUCUUUCAGGUCGAUCCAAAGAGCAGUGAAGAGGAAGACGAUAAAUUAUUUUGUAUUGGGAUGGUUGUGGGUGGGACAUCUUACUGUACAACUGUGGUAACUCCAAUUGAAUCUAUUUUAGAAUCUUUAAAUGUAAAAAUGCACGUUUUCCCCGAGGAAAGUAUGGAACAGUUGUAACAAACCCUCCGUAUGUGAACUUUGCAUCUCCAUUUUUUUCAUCUUAUAUAUUUUUUGGGGAUGAUGAUUUUCGACAAUCUGUGAACGCCCG